ACUAAGAUAUAAAUAUUAAAUGUUGUGGCCCACUGUGAACGCUUCCUUCUAUUUCAUAGUUAACCUACGCCAUCUAGUGAUCGCGUUGUGAACAACAAUCUUCCGUGCCUUAGGUUUCUUUUGCUUGAAAAGAGAACUGAAAGUCAGUUUUGGUUGUUAUCAAAGUUAGACACUGGGUAUGGAGGUAAAGAAGAACGCGGAGGAGAUGCGUGUCUGUGGACAGUGCAACAAACAGGUGGCGGAGGCUAACUUUGCUCUACACGAAUCCCACUGUCAGCGUUUCCUGUGCCUGUGUCCGGACUGUGAUGAACCUGUCCCCAGAGAGCAACUGGACCAGCACCGUGUUGACCAGCACACAGAGGUGAAAUGCUCGAAGUGCCACAAGAAGGUGGAGAGCGGCCACCUUAUGGACCACAAGUCAGAUGAGUGUGAUGCAAGGCUGCAGUGCUGUGAGUUUUGCCAGUUGGAAGUGCCCUGGAGCAGCCUUGCAGACCAUAGUCUCACAUGUGGCAGUCGGACGGAGCUCUGCGCCGGCUGUGGGCGCUACGUCACCCUCAGGGAUCAGCUGGAACAUGCUCAGAUCUGCCUCCAGGCAGACUCCACCCCUAAACUUACAAAGAAGGACACAUCUGUGCUAUGUAGGAGCUCCAUGAAGACUUUCACAUCUGAGCACAUAGACCAACAUCAGCUGACCUGUGACCUCUAUCAAGAGGAGGCAGAGGUUGAGGACCAUCUCGGGAUCCAGAAGGAUAGCCUCAGCUCUGGGCUGAGCAACAGCCUGAAGUCCGCCUCCUUCUUUGGCCAAGGCCAAGUGGCCGCUGGAGGGGACGGGGAAAAGGAUCAGAUCAGCACCUGUCCCCACUGCCACCUGGCCCUCCCUCUGGUCACUCUGAAAUGGCAUAAGGCUAAAUGUCAGAUAUACGCCAGCUUGAAAUGAAGAAGAGAAGGGAACACCGUUUCAAAAGAAUACGUUGACGACCCAGACAAUACAACUGAUUGUUAUUAAUACAGUAACUGGUAAUUCUGGUAAAAGUUCUACCAGAAUUUACUAGUUCUAGUAAAUUGUUCUGAUGCAAUACAUAAGUUUAUAACAAAAAUCUGUUAUUUCAAAACAAGUUUACAUAGGCAUCCAAGCUCUAAAUUAGUCAUGUCCAUUAAAAACAUUUUCACAAUGACCACA